GUAUCCCAUCAUUUAUCUGUCUUUGCAGUUGACGUCUGUCACCUUUUGUUAAACACUUCAAUGGUGACUUUUUACGUUGUUUAUUGAAAUCUGACUCAUAGUUAUUAAUUACGCCAGUUGGUUUUGAUUGAAAAAAUGUCGUUCUUCGGGAAAUUAUUCGGGGGCAAGAAGGAGGAAGCGCCCUCGACCAGCGACGCCAUCCAGAAACUAAGAGAAACCCAAGAUCUGCUGGCGAAAAAACAGGAAUACCUAGAAAAGCAGAUAGACGACUGUAUUUUAACUGCUAGGAAAAAUGCCUCAAAAAACAAAAGACUUGCUUUGCAAGCCCUGAAGAAGAAGAAGCGACUGGAAAAGACCCUGCAGCAGGUGGAUGGGACUUUGACAACCCUCGAAUUACAAAAAGAUGCGUUGGAAGGCGCAAACACCAAUGCUGCAGUUCUGAUUUCGAUGAAAGAUGCAGCUGCUGCCCUCAAAAAUGCCCAUAAGAAUCUGGAUAUCGACAAUGUCCAUGAUAUAAUGGACGACAUAGCUGAGCAACAUGAUAUAGCCAACGAAAUAUCGAAUGCAAUCAGCAGCCCUGUAGGCUUUGGGGAAGACAUAGAUGAAGAUGAACUGAACAAGGAAUUAGAAGAGUUAGAAGAGGAGGAAUUAGAAAAAGGUCUUAUUGAUGUGCCUGGACCUACGAAAUUACCAGAUCUUCCCGACGUCGAAGAAGUGGAGAAGGAAAAAGUCAAAAAGCCAGCAAAAAAAGUCGAAGAUCAUGACGACUUGAAAGAAUUGGAAAACUGGGCCUUAUAAAUAAAUACCCGUUACGAAAUGUUAAUAAACCGCAAACUUAGGAGAAGGUAGACGCUGCAGUGUUCUAAUUUUAAUUUUGUAGCCUUCAUUAUUGGAACCUCUAAAUCCUUUUUUAAUUAACGCUAUCUUGGAAAGAAUUAGCUUGAUAAAGGAUUUAACAGCGUCUUUAGCACAUUUUCAACGAUCUAAGCAUUUUAGUAAAACUAUCCGAUAUUUGUUACAUUAAUCAACUUAGUUAUGUAUAUAAAAAUUAUUUUGAAGAAAACAACACAGUUUUUUUAUGAUAGAUAUUUCACUAAGAAUAUGAACAUUAUAAGGUUAAAUUCAAAUCUAUUUGUAUUAAGAUGCAAAAAGGAUGUAUUUCUUUAAGAUUGAUAUCUGAACAACUGAAGGGAACUGUUAUUUCUUUAAAGUAAGUUCUCAACAAUUCUAAUAUUAGAAAACAGGAUAGUGCUUUUUCUGAUGCACAUUAUUAAUGAAUUUUUUUCCAUAAACGAAAACUCUGGAAAUUACAUAAUCAAAUAUUCAGAACUACAUUAUAAAUGAAGUGUGACAUAAUUAGUGAAAUAAUAAAAUACAUUUUAUAACAA